AUGGGUGAUACCGAAGGCUCCUCCGUAAUGACUCCAGAGAUGAGGGAGAAAAUAGACGCUUUAAGGACGUUCCUCGAGUCUUUAAGUUUGUCUUAUUUCGUGGAAGAAGGAUCCUCUGAAAGUGAAGAGUAUGAAUCGUGCGAAGAAAGUGAUCAUGAGGAGCUAACAGAGGCAGAGCCUGCUAACCAUACCGUUCCAAGUAACCCUCAAUAUAACGUGUUGGGAGUGCAUCAAUGCAAAACUUGUCGAUCAUACUCAACAUCUUUCUUGCAUCAACAUACUGCAAGAUUCCCUUACCUCAGUCCAAUACCACCUAUCACUAUUGAUGUACUAAGAGUAUAUCAUUUAUCUAAAGAUAGUACAUUCAGUGGACCUAAAAAUGAAACUCGUUUAGAGUUGGCUAUAAUUGAUUUUGUCAGUAGAAAAGAGUAUGCUGAGAAAUAUGAUCUCUCUAGUCUGCUUCAUCUUGGAUUUACCUGUGAGGUUAGGUUGAAAAGUUCUCCAACUAAGGAACAGAAGGAGGUGUAUAUUGCAAGAGCGCUUGUCGGUUAUGCCCCUUACCCACGUACGAAAAUGAAUUGGUCAGAAUUGAUGAGUAAAAUGGAGAUGUACGGUGGUGCCAUGUUCCGACUUUUUGAACCAGUUACUUGCCUUCAAACUGUUGAAAUGUUUGUCAAAAUGAUGGAAAUGGACAAAAUUGGAGCUGUCUUGCGGCCUUUCAAUGGACAUUUCAACUUGUAA